UGCGCAUUCGGUGGAUCGUGGUAUAUACACAUAGACCGUAUGUUAUUUGACGCAAACCGUUCCUAUCGUUUUGAGCGAAGCUAAGCGGACUGUAAACAAACCAGCGAACAGAUAUACCGGACAUGAGCACAGCGAGGACGUCGCAGCCAGGAGUAUAAUAAUUUCAAGUAACAAUGCCGAAAGUAGUUUCAAGGAGUAUAAUAUGUUCCGACACCAAGGAUCAAGAAGAAUACAGCGAGGAAAAACCUCUACAUAUUUAUUAUUGUUUGUGCGGGCAAAUGACAUUAAUUUUAGAUUGUGCAAUAGACAAAUUACCUUUGAGAAAGAGAGACGGUGCACGAGUUAUCGAUGGAAGUAAACAUGCUCAUAAAAUGACUUGCGAGCAAGAUGAAAUCGUAUAUUUGAAACGAUCCGAAGGCACAGAAAAACAAUAUCGUCAAAAAUGUAAAAAGUGUGGACUGUUUCUUUAUUACAAGCACGAUCAAAGUACAAAUGUUGUGUUUAUCGUGAAGGGUGCUGUAAUUAAAAGUUCUGGCGAGGGUCCUAUGACAGACAUAUACAAUCAAGUAGCUAUCGAGAAACCAAAGAAGAUAAUGGUGACAAAACAUACAAAAAAUAUGGGAAAAUUCAGUUCGGUUACUGUUUCUACUAUCGACGAGGAAGAGGAUGAGAUCGAAGCUAGAGAGGUUGCAGAUUCGUAUGCGAACAAUGCAAGAAUAAUAGAAAAACAAUUAGAGAGGAAAGGAAUGAAUAAACGAAAGACUAUGCCUCCACCUGAAGCUGAUCAAAAGAGAGCAAGACCCAGAGGCACGCUAUUGGACGUGUAAAAAAUCCAUUGUAUAUUAUCGAGUAUCGAAAGAUAUUUGAAUUGUAUAUAAAUGCAAAUGUAUAUAAACGACAAAUAGUCCAAAGAAUUAGACAAGUUUUUUAACAUUA